UUGACAUAAAGCAAGGGCAAACAGACAAGAAAGGGGUGGAGAAGAAUAGCCUACAACUUGGAAACGUAGAGAGACCAUCAUUUGGACCAGCUCACAUCCAAAUACCUGCAAAGGUUUGAACAAGAAAAGGACUUUUGAGGGACUGACAAAACCGCUGCAAAAAGAGUUUGUCAAGGAGGGUCAACCAAAGGCAAAGGGUUAAGAAGAGACUCUAAGAGGUGAGAAGAAAUUUUACAAUGUCUUCAUUUGAGGCCCAGGGCCAGUCUCCGCCUCGGUGUGGCCCACAGUUCCCCAGCCUCGGCCAGGAGCCCCCAGAGCUCAGCAUGUACAGUGACUGCUACUACCCUCCUCCGUCAUUGCCGAGUCCUCAGCGCACCACACCGACCUCCUACGACCUGAGCGACUACACCACCUCCUCCCCAAACCCUUACCUCUGGUUCAACGGCUCCGGUAUCAACACACCUCCGUACCUGGCUACUACCGGCCCGCCCGGUAACCCCGGCCCUCCCUUUGUCCCUCAGCACUACGGCAUGCAGAGGCCUUACCUGGGUCCUGCUGGAGCUGGGGGUCCAGGAGGGGAGCUGAGCUGGUUCUCUCUCCCCUCACAAGAAGACCUGAUGAAGCUGGUCAGGCCACCUUACUCCUACUCCGCUCUCAUCGCCAUGGCUAUCCACGGAGCACCAGACAGGAGACUGACCUUGAGUCAGAUUUACCAGUACGUCGCUGACAACUUCCCAUUCUACAACAAGAGUAAAGCAGGCUGGCAGAAUUCCAUCAGACACAACCUGUCUCUCAAUGACUGCUUCAAAAAAGUACCAAGAGAUGAGGAUGAUCCAGGCAAGGGCAACUACUGGACACUUGACCCAAACUGUGAAAAGAUGUUUGACAACGGAAACUUCCGCCGCAAAAGGAAGAGAAAGUCCGAUUCCCUCUCCGUUGGUGAUGGCGGUUCAGGGGCUCCAGAGUCAGGUGACAGCGAGAGGGCCAGCCCCAAACACAACUCUGCCCUUAACAUCUCUCCCACACCGGACAGGAUCCCCUCCCCUUCAUCGUCAGGUCCCGCACCUUGCCUUAGCAGCUUCUUAUCUGAGAUGUCUGGAGUGACCGUUGGAGCAGCUAAUGAGGUGGGAGGUGAUGGGUUAAGCAGGCCACUGCAGAUUAACCUUCCUUUAGAUGGGCCUCAUAGACCCACGCAACCUGGAAGCUAUAGUAGCUACUCCCCCAACCCAGGUGGCCCAGAGUGGGUACCACAAGUGCCAGCUCCCCCUGUGCUCUCCUCUUCACCCACCCACUCUUCCCUAGGCUACACUAGCCCCAUCCUCAGCCAGUACAGUGGGUCCAGUGGGCAUUUCUACCCUACACUGGGCUCGACAGGAAUCAUAUAUCACCGUGAGGGCACAGAGGUUUAAUAAGACAUUAAGGGGCGAAAAGUUUGGUUUGAAAAGAUUCUUGACAGGAAAUGUUAACUGUCUGGUCACUUUUGUUGUUAGAGCGGUUCUGAUGUGAAAGACAAUACACACACAAAUACACAAAGCAUGUUUGCGCUGACUGAGACAGUUGAGAUCACUAUAGCGUGUGACAGCAGAGUAAAAAGGCUUUGAUUCCCACAGGAACAGCUGAGUCAGCCGCAAUGGACGACGAGUGUCACUCCCUGAAACUGCAGUCAGCCUCACUAUGAGAUCCUCAGUCAGCUUUUAUUCUAACUAAAGCUAGCCUCUAUCAGAUCUGACUCAUUAUUAACCAAUCCUAGAUCUGAUCUGCUGACAUCAGGCCAUUCCACACUGCUAUCUGUGAUUCUUUGAUGGUAUCACACAUACAACGCUCAGACAGCACAUUUAGAGGAGUAGUUAAAUUACACCAUUGUCUACAUAGUGUGUGUAGUCACUGCUCUAAAAUAAUCAACAAAAGGUGAAAGGUAGACUUUCUGUUAUGUUUUUUGUGGAACUAAAACUAAAACAAUCUGAUGAAUUUGGAGUCUGUUACAUAAGUGGUAAUUGUACUUUGUAAAUAUGUCAAUGUGUUGUGUAAUGUUGUUGGUUUGUUGGUACAACUGUUAUUGUAAAAAAUGGAUUCCUAAUGGAUGGUAUAUGCUAUAUAUGUUGUGUUUUUGAUAUGAAUAAAAGAUUUUAGAGUUCUA